AUGCCUCGCGCUAAUCCGACCCCAGGCACAGCCACUCGGUUUCGAUGUGCAGUCUGCCCAAAGGAAUUCUCCCGACGCGAGAAUUUGAUAAGACAUGCCCGCAUUCAUAACCCUAAGAAACUUCACUACUGCUCUGUAUGUGGCAAAGAGUUCACAAGAAGUGAUGUUCGUCAACGCCAUGAGGAGAUCCACAAGUCUAGGCAGACCCCUCCGGCAGCCUCGUCACCGCAGUUGGCGGCGAUGCCUGCAGAGGGACUCCCAAUGAUGACACCAGACAUGGGGACUCCGGGAGCGCUGGGCGAGCUUGGAAGCAAUGACAGUGUUGGCUCCGCAUCCCAUAGCAUUCAUAGGGCCGAGAUUCCCUUCGGAACUCCAGAUGAGGACAACACCAUCCAAGAUCAACUGUCUAGCUGGAUGCACAAUUCGGGCAAUCCGGAAAAUAUGUGGUUUGAUGACGACCUUGUCUCAGCGCUCAUGGACCCGAUCAUGAUGCCAGGCAUCAACAACCACUCAACGGAUACGAUGAUCACAUCACCUAGUACUGCAAGGGCCUACGCCUUAAACGGAAGCAUGCCCUCGGAGUGCGAGCCACAGUCCCCUCCGAAUGAAGCAUCUGAGGAGGAUCGAUGGCCAUACAGCUGGGAUCCGGGCUCUCGAGCUAUCACUGCAUGUAAGCCUAUUCAAAUGGACAAAACGCACCCGUUAAGGCAGGCCCAUAACGCCCAAUUCGAUAUAUCCGCCGAGAGAUACAAGGCUUUGAAAUCAUUUCUCCAGCGACCAGCCCGCAAAGGCUUUGACUUUCACUCUCUGCCGUUGCCAGAACUGGGGAUAGCGAACGUGUUCAUUCGACUUUUCUUCACGCACUUCGAAUAUCAGGUCCCAGUGAUUCACCAUCCAUCCUUCAAGUCAUCUGAUGACUUGCCAGAUCCAUUAUUAGCUAUCAUGAUUGCCAUAGGAGCGACAUACAGCCGGGAACGCCAUUCCUGUCGUUUUUCAAUUGUGUUAAUCGACGUAGCCAGACUGAGCACGCAAUUAGCGAUUGAGCUGGACAACAGAAUGAUGCGAGAUCCGAUGGUUCUAUAUGCGUUGGCUUUGAUAUGCUACUCCGGCAUUUGGUGUGGAAAUAAAAGACUCUUUGAGCUUUGCGAGAGCCUACGUGGGACAGUUAUCACGUACUGUCGCCAUAUGCAACAAAUGAGGUUCAAUCCAAGCACCGCAGGACCUGAGACUUCAGGCCACACCCCAGAUGAGCAGUGGCAAAGGUGGAUAUCGAUGGAGACUAAAAAGAGACUGGCAUGGGUCAUAUACGGUCUCGAUUGUAUCUUUCCAUGCUUACUCUAUCUUCCAGCCUCAUUUACCCUGGCAGAGUUUAUGAGCAUUGAAUGUCCAUGCGAUGAAGAAUUCUGGCAAGCCACAAAUGCUCAGCGAUGGAAGAGUUUGCUUGGAUCUGCCUCCAUACCACCCACGAGAACCUUUGGCUCAGCCGUCAGCCCUUUUCUCGGGCCACUCAACCUGGGACGUUCCUCGGAGACCAGCAUCCAUAUGACUCGCCCAUCAACCUCGUAUUCAAAUUCUAUUGGACUAAACUCCUGGACCCGCUACCUUGUACUCAUCACGAUUCAAGUUCAAGUCUUUGAGCUCUCUCAGCAGAUUAUUAUGGUGUCUGAUGCAACCCUCGAUACCGAGAUAUGGCAACCGCAAGAUGGAAAUUUAGCCAGCACACAGUCCUCAAGCAACUCUCACUACGAGCCCUCGACAGGCUCAAGAGUUGAACACCAUUAUGUCCAAUUGGUCACAAGAUGCUCGGGUUCAAGUCCUUCAGGUCCGGUACAAGAGGUUUUAGGGUCGCUCGCCAAACGGAAGGCCCAUCUUGAAAGUAUGCUUAUAGCAUGGGAGCAAGCAUUUGCAGUAUCCCCUGCAGCCGACAGUUCAGUGUAUCCGACGUCGAAAUACUUUCAAACAAUUGCCGCGACCCAUCUUGAGAUCAGCCAUUUGAUGCUUCAUGUUCCAAUCUCGGAUAUCCAAGAUGCGUUAGGAAAGUCCGGACCAGGCAAGGUGAUCCCGGCAAUGGAGAUUAUGCGCCGCUCGCUCGCAGAGCAUCCAGAGAUAGUAGCAUCAAUGUUCCGACAAUGUCUUUCAACACUGAGCGAGCUGCAAUCAAAACUGCUGAAUCGCCACGACAACUCCAUGGGGAGCAUUAUGGAGCCUUCUAGUGUCAUCAGCUGUUUUCUUAGUGGUGUCUAUGCAUGGGCCAUUAUCCGCUCAUCGGACCGGGAGCAAGUGAUGUUUCUGCAAGAGCAGAUUUCAGGUGUGAAGGCUCCCGACACUUUUUCUGCAACUGUGAAAGAAGUCAUAUCAUGGCAGACCAACGAGCAAUUGCCUCCGGAUCACCUUGGCACCAGGGCAAACCUUAUCUUAUAUGGUGUGGCGGACGUACUUGGGAAAAUGGCUCCGUGGAGCGCUUCACUCAAUAUGGCGCUACUGUUGUGUCAUCGUGCAAAGGAGCUUAUGAUUUAUUGA